AUGGCCGGGAAGAAGCGCAAGUCCUCGGAGAAGCAGCCCAAGGGAAGCCGCCUCCCGCUCGGGGCUGACGCCGACGCGGUGGCCGACGCCGGGAAGCGCCGCCGCUCGGGCGCCGCCAAGCGCCACCAGGCCGAGGAGGAGGCCUCCGUGCCCUCCUCCAUCAGCGCCAAGAUCCUCCGCGAGGCGCUCAAGCAGCAGCACGAGGAGGGCCUCACCGACCAGCCCCCCUCCGACGCCACAUCAGCUGGCGCGACCGCGGCCCCGUCCACGUCGUCCUUCGUCCCCCUCCCCGUGGACGGUGGCGACGAUGACGACGAGGAGGACGUCGACGAGUUCGACGGCUUCGACGCGCAGAGCGAGUACGACGGCGGCGUGCCGGAGAUUGACGAGGAGGACGAGAAGGCCCUCGCCGCCUUCAUGUCCAAGGACACCUCUGCCAAGCAGUCUCUUGGCGACAUCAUUCUCCAGAAGAUCAGAGACAAGGACGCCACCGUCUCAACAGAAGGACGGCCUGCUGUCAAGUUGGACGACAGAAUUGUUGAACUCUACAAAGAGGUCGGCCAGCUCCUGAGGCGGUACACCAGCGGGAAGAUCCCCAAGGCGCUCAAGCGCAUCCCGUCGCUGGAAUGCUGGGCGCAGGUGCUGCAGCUGACCCAGCCCGAGCACUGGUCGCCUAACGCGGUGUACCAGGCAACGAGGCUCUUCUCUUCGAACAUGAACGCCAAGAACGCCGUGAGGUUCUACGAGGCUAUCCUGCUCCCGCGUAUUCGCAAUGACAUCAAGUACAACAAGAGGCUCCAUUUCGCGCUUUAUCAGGCCAUGAAGAAAUCUCUCUACAAGCCUGCUGCCUUUUUCAAGGGGAUUUUGCUGCCGCUCUGUCAGGAAGGAAAUUGCAAUCUGCGUGAAGCAGUAAUUAUUGGUAGUAUUCUCGAGAAGUGUACCAUUCCUCCACUCCAUGCGAGCGCGGCAUUAAUGAAACUAGCAGAUAUGGAGUACUGUGGCACAACUAGUUACUUUAUCAAGAUAUUUCUGGAUAAGAAAUAUGCUUUGCCGUACCGUGUACUUGAUGCAGUUUUUGCCCAUUUCAUGCGGUUUCUUGACGAUGAGAGGAACAUGCCUGUUAUAUGGCACCAGUCACUGCUCGCCUUCGUGGAAAGAUAUAAGAAUGAGCUGGAGAAGAAAGAUAAGGAGAAGCUUGCACGCUUGCUGGAUCACCAGAAACAUUAUUUGGUUACUCCAGAAAUUCGCAGGGAACUUCGGAGUAGUACCAACAGGGGUGAAAAGGCCACCGAUAUGUCGAUAUGUUCACCUGUUUCUGUGAUCACCAAGCCAAUCGAAGAAGACAGGUGGAAUGUUCCUGAAGUACCUAUGGAGGAGGAUUAAGUGCUGCAGGAAACACCGUAGUUACUGCGUGAACUACAUCUGCACUCCAGUUUUGAUCAUAACUUCAGUUUUUCUGUGCAAUUUGUACCUUUUCUUUUUGUUGUUGUUGAGAAAGGAUAUAUACACUGGUUUGUAAGAACGGCUGGUA